AUGGCUAGUCAUGACCUCAUGACCGAAGAAACAGAUUGGACAGAACCAAAACAGGAAACGACUUCCCAUACGCUAUUGGUACCGGACCCGAUGAGGAUAAAAGCCAGCUCAGUGAAUCUUCGAGAAAACUCCGAACUGAUCCAAUAUUAUCUCCGAUUCUUAAAACUCAGAAAAGAAGAAUUCAUUAGGAACUAUAAACCUACCGAUUGGGAACUACUCAGUCAAGAAGAACGCCUACAGAUCGCCAUCGCUCGUAUCCACCGAGAACAAGACGACACUCUAGCUGCUCAAUUACUUAUUAACGAAACUCUCCGCGAGUACAAGGAAUACAAACGAGAACAGAAGCUUAGAAUGUCCGCAUCGACGACUACCGCGAGCACUAACCCUAACACCUCCGCAGGAGCCCCCAACAACCACUCUGCCGUCGACCACAUAGGCAAUCCUGAAGAUACCUUGGUCGACGAACUCGACGAGUUAUUGAAUUAUCCUCGCGACCCGACCUUGCCGGACCGCUCCCAGCUCCGACAAGACCCAGGAGCUCCGCUACCUCUCGAAGACGGAGUCCGACAGCUCAGCAUGCUCCAGAUCAAGAAGAAGACGGCCGAGACGACCGACUCUCAGAUCACCAACGCCUCUCAGAACAAGACGAGAGACGAAGCGAUGGAUCUAGACGAUCCCUCGACCUUCUCGGAGGAUACCCCGAAACGCCCCAACAGCCCCGACAUAGUGGCGUUGUCCAAGAAGGAGCGCAUCCGCCUACUAAUCAAAGAGCAUAUAGCUAUAUGGAAGAAAUUCGAGCUCGAGAAGCUCUCCGGAGCAACCCCCGAACUCAAAACGAUCUUGCACCAAGCGCAAGACUCUCAGAAGGCCCUACAGAAGCUGAUCACCAAAGAAGAGCUCGAAGGAUACGUCAAGGGAUGGAACCCCUGGGACGCCAAACGAGAAUUAUUCCCUCCACCGCCGAAGAAAGAGGGCAAGAAGAAGAGCUCAACUUCGAGGAAAGCCCAGCAAUACGACGACCCUCGGGUCUGGGCGGACGUUUUCGAGAUAGGUCAGGCCUGGAGAGCAGCGUACAGACAACGCUCCCGCAAGGCACUUCCUCCUUAG